GGAGGCAACGCAGCGCGGCCGCCCGUCAGCAUGGAGAGCCCCGAGGAGGCCGCCGCGGCGCCGCGCCGCGCCGAGCCGCUGAGGCGCCCGCCCGGCCUCCACAAGCGCUCGGCGGCGCGGGGCGACGGCGCGGAGGCGGAGAGCGCCGGGGGCCCCGAGGCGGAGGGGCGGCGGCCGCGGCACCCGCAGCACCCGCAGCUCGAGGGCGCGCCUCAGUCGUCGUCGUCCUCGUCGGGCUCGGAGGAGGCGGCGCCGCCCCACCCGCCGCGCCGCCACCGCGCCCACCACAAGGCCUCCCCGCCGCAGCGCCGCCGCCGCCGCCGCGCCGACCGCCUGCUGCUGCUCGACCCGGGCGGGGGGCCGCUGCUCUUCCCGGCGGAGGACGAGGAGGACGGCGCGGCCGAGGAGGAGGAAGAGGACGACGAGGAGGACGAGGACGGCGCGGAGGAGGAGGAGGAGGAGGCCGGCGGGCCGGGCAGCAGCGGCAGCGCCGGCAGCGGCUUCUCGGGCCCCGCCGCCGAGCCCCGCAAGCGCCCGCGGGGGGCCGGUAGCCGCGCCGCCGCCUCGGUCUCGCCCUCGGCCUCGGCCGCCCGCUGCUACGAGGUGGUCCGCGAGCUGGGGCCGGAGGAGGUGCGCUGGUUCUACCGCGAGGAGCGCAAGAGCUGGAAGCCCUUCAUCGGCUACGACUCGCUGCGCCUCGAGCUGGCCUACCGGGCCCUGCCGCUGCUCGAGCGCCGGCCCGCCUCGCCCAGCCCCGCCGAGGGCUCCGCCAGCCCCGAGCGCAGCGCCUCCGGCGUCCUCAGCCCGGAGCCCGUGUGUGUCCGCGGCGGCCUCUACGAGGUGGACGUGGGCAACGCCGAGUGCUACCCGGUCUACUGGAACCAGACAGAAAAGAUUCCUGUAAUGCGUGGGCAGUGGUUUAUCGAUGGCACAUGGCAGCCUUUAGAAGAAGAGGAAAGUAAUCUGAUAGAACAAGAACAUCUCAGCUGUUUCAAAGGGCAGCAGAUGCAGGAGAACUUUGACAUGGAAAUAUCAAAACCCGUGGAUGGAAAAGAGGUUAUCUACCACCUCCCUCCCUUCUCCCUCCAUUCUCUGUUCAAAUGGAGAGGAUAUAAAGAGAAUACAGAGGCGACAGGGCUUAAACGCAAGCGGUCUGAAGCUGUCCAUAGUUUGAAGCUGAGCCGCAACCAUGUGGACUGGCACAGUGUGGAUGAAGUAUAUAUUUACAGUGAUGCAACAACUUCAAAAAUUGCAAGAACGGUCACUCAGAAGCUGGGGUUUUCCAAAGCUUCAAGCAGUGGGACAAGACUUCACAGGGGCUAUGUGGAAGAAGCAACAUUAGAAGACAAGCCAUCGCCCACAACUCACAUUGUGUUUGUUGUGCAUGGCAUUGGGCAGAAAAUGGACCAAGGAAGGAUUAUAAAAAACACUGCCAUGAUGCGGGAUACUGCAAGGAAAAUAGAGGACAAGUAUUUCAGCAACCACCCCACUCACGUUGAGUUCCUGCCUGUUGAAUGGAGAUCGAAGCUGACCCUCGAUGGAGACACUGUUGACUCUAUUACUCCAGAUAAAGUGCGUGGCUUAAGAGAUAUGCUCAACAGCAGUGCAAUGGACAUAAUGUAUUAUACAAGUCCCCUCUACAGAGAUGAAUUAGUGAAAGGCCUUCAGCAGGAGCUGAACCGCUUGUACACGCUUUUCUGUUCUCGGAACCCAGACUUCAGGGGCAAGGGCGGGAAAGUGUCGAUUGUGUCACACUCCUUAGGCUGCGUGAUCACCUAUGACAUCAUGACAGGGUGGAAUCCAGUCAGGCUCUACGAACAGUUACUCGAGAAGGAGUAUGAGGACCUUGAAGACACCUGGAUGACCUAUGAGGAGCAGCACUUGCUAGAAGAGUUUUACUUAACCAAGCAGCGAUUGAAGGAAAUAGAAGAGAGGUUGCAUGGACUGAGGACAUCCACCAUAUCCAAAACACCUGCCUUAAAAUUCAAGGUUGAGAAUUUCUUCUGUAUGGGAUCUCCAUUAGCAGUGUUUUUGGCCUUGCGUGGCAUCCGUCCAGGAAACAGUGGAAGUCAAGAUCACAUUCUGCCCAGAACUAUUUGUAACCGGUUGCUAAACAUUUUUCAUCCAACAGAUCCAGUGGCCUACAGACUAGAACCUUUAAUUCUGAAGCAUUAUAGCAACAUUUCCCCUGUCCAGAUCCACUGGUACAACACCACGAACCCUCUACCUUACGAGCACAUGAAGCCAAGUUUCCUUAACCCGACAAAAGAACCUACCUCAGUCUCUGAGAAUGAAUCCGUUCCAACACCGCCCAGCCCAGCAACGUCGCCUGUCAUGGCGCGGCGGCACUAUGGAGAGUCCAUAACGAAUAUAGGCAAAGCAAGUAUAUUGGGAGCUGCUAGCAUUGGGAAAGGCCUCGGAGGUAUGCUUUUCUCAAGAUUUGGGCGUGCAAGCGUGCCCACCUCACAAGCCCUUGAAUCGGGAAAAGAAGGCUCAGAAGCAGAGGAGAAGAAGUCGUCCUCUAGCCAGGCAUCCAUUGGAACUCAGACCUUCCCGCACAGCAGUUCUGGCUUCCUGGACCCAACAUUGGACUUGGAGCACAGGAUUGACUUUGAGCUCAGGGAAGGCCUGGUGGAGAGCAGAUACUGGUCUGCCGUCACGUCGCACACGGCUUACUGGUCAUCUAUGGACAUUGCUCUCUUUCUUCUCACCUUCAUGUACAAGCAGGACCAAGAAGAGGAUGGCAUCAAAUCACAUGCAGACCCUGUUUGAUUUUUGCUGGGUGGGGUGGGGGGAGGGAAUGGGGGCAUAAAACUUGUUGAGCAUCAUAGACCAAUCUAAGUGAAGUAAGACACAGAUGUUUCAGGUUUAAAUGCAUGUCUGGAUUUGUUCCUUCUGAGAUUAUUUGUCCUUCCAGGCACCCUUCCACUUCUCAAACCAUUUGCUGUUCUAAUGAAGACCCUCUUGAAAGGCUGUUCUCAAUUACUUGCCAUUUCACCUGGACAACCAAGCCAGCAGUAGCGUUUUAGCAUCUACACUAGGGGUACUUCAUGGCAGGUUUAACAUAACUGCAAGAUAUUUUUUUUUCCUUUUUAAGUGCAAAGAUUAGUCUGCUACAACUAAAUUCAUUUUUACUCAAGAAAAAAUGCCUGCAAACCUAAAACAGCCAUGUUCUGUGUCCUGUGUGCUGGGAAAUUUGAACCAGCAGUAUCAGUGGUCUAAUCGGAAGUCUGUCACUCCCUGUUCCAUUGAAAUUCCUUUGGGAUGACAGACUCAAAAGAUGUGCUAACACAACUCAUUCAGAAACUAAUACUGGCAGGCAAACAUGAGGCAGAUAUACUGUAAUCAUAAUUUAUUAUUACCUCCAACUAACUGUUUUCUUUUAUUCCAGUGUGUAAAAAGCGUUACUUUUCUACAGUUUUUUUUCUCUGGGUUUUUUUUGGGCAUAAUUUAAAUAACCACAUUUCUUUUCUACAGUGUUUAAGAUUUUUCCUCAGAUGACAUAACUUUGUAUUAUUCAAAUGGAGCUAUGAACACUGUGGCACACUUUUCAGUAUUUUUUCAUUAAAAAUAAAUCUUUGUGGUAUCAUA